AAAAAGCGCGCUUACCUCUUUAUGUUUGACAUCACUCCUUCCCUCUCUGUUCAAUGGAGGCUUCCAAAGUUCUAACGGUGUCUCCGCCAGACGUUCAAAUGGCUCCGACUUCGGACAUCGAUUCUCAGCUCAACUCCAUCGUCUCAGAUCUCUCACAACAUGUGCAAGUUGUAAUGGAGAACAUGGUCAAGAUGAUAAAGGAAAUCGACCAGAACUCAACUGACAUAGUGGAAGAUAUAGAAAAGUGCAAAGACACUGCUCUUGAGAGGAAGAGAAGUUUAGAAGAACAGAGGGAGCAUUUUCAGAAAGCUGCUUAUGCUGUUCUAAACAUGCUGAAUAAUGAAGAGAUCAGCUGAUGCUAUUUGUGUGACCUGUGACCUGUGACCUGUGACCAGACCUACCUUUUUGUUCUGGACUGAUUUGCUGUUUCUUGAAAUGUGACUGAGCAGCAUAGGCCAACUGUGUAAAGAAGAUGUAAAGUUGUUAAGUAGUGUUUCCUUGUUGAUAUUCUAUGAGUGUAAUGUUCAUGGCUUCGACUUUAAACUUUCCACUUAUUACAUAGUGCUUUAGAUCUUAAGUCCAUGGUGUUGAGUAGCAGUAAAAAGGCCUGCUAUACAAAACAGUUUGGGAUUUUGAAUGUUAGAGUAAAAGAUGUAGUGAUUGAACAAAGAGCUAAAAUGCAAGGUCUU